AGCAACCCUGCCAUGGGGCUGCUGUGUUGGCUGAGCAAGUAGCAACUGCGGCUCUGAGGACCUGGAGCCAGGCCCGCCAGCUGAGGAGACACCAGAUACUCUGGAUUUUUUCUGACCUGAAAUCAUCUUCCUUUUCCUCAAGAUGACAAACAGUUCAUUCCUCUGUCCAGUUUACAGAGACCUGGAGCCAUUUACUUAUUUCUUUUAUUUAGUUUUCCUUGUUGGAAUUAUUGGAAGUUGUUUUGCCACCUGGGCAUUUAUACAGAAAACUACAAACCACAGAUGCGUAAGCAUAUACUUAAUCAAUCUGCUCACGGCUGACUUCCUGCUCACGCUGGCAUUACCAGUGAAGAUUGUGGUUGACCUGGGUGUAGCGCCCUGGAGGCUGAGGAUAUUCCACUGCCAAGUGACAGCAUGCCUCAUCUAUAUCAACAUGUACCUAUCCAUCAUCUUCCUAGCAUUUGUCAGCAUGGACCGCUGUCUACAGUUGACACACAGUUGCAAGAUCUACCGAAUACAAGAACCUGGAUUUGCCAAAAUGAUAUCAGCUGUCGUGUGGCUCAUGGUCCUUGUCAUAAUGGUGCCAAACAUGGUGAUCCCCAUCCAAGACGUCAAAGAAAAGUCAAGCGUGGGUUGCAUGGAGUUUAAAAGGGAGUUUGGAAGGAACUGGCACCUGCUGACAAAUUUUUUAUGUGUAGCAAUAUUUUUAAACUUCUCAGCCAUCAUUUUGAUAUCCAACUGCCUUGUGAUUCGACAGCUGUACAGAAACAAAGACAAUGAAAACUACCCAAACGUGAAGCAUGCUCUCAUCAACAUACUUUUGGUGACUGCAGCCUACGUUGUAUGCUUUGUUCCCUACCACAUCGUCCGAAUCCCAUACACCCUCAGCCAGACAGAAGUCAUAUCUGACUGCCCCACAAGGGUUUCCCUCUUCAAAGCCAAAGAGGCCACACUGCUCCUGGCUGUGUCCAACCUGUGUUUCGAUCCUAUCCUCUAUUAUCACCUCUCAAAAGCAUUCCGCUUAAAAGUCACUGAGACUUUUGCCUCACCGAAAGGGACCAAAGCUCAGAAAGAAAAAUCAAAAUGUGAAAAUGAUGCAUAAAAUAUGAAAUUUUUAUGCUCUCACCCCUUGCCUUACUGUACCAUAAAGCUACCUAGUUUAGUUUUUGUUUGGUUUUGGUGGUACUGGAUUUGAACUCAGGGCCUUGCACCUAGUAGGCAGGUGCUCUACCACUUGAGCCAUGCCCCCAGCCCCUACUGUAAGAGAAAAGAAGAAUCUCAAUAAUAAGAACUACCACAGCUUGCAAACACAGACUGGUUAACACAGACACCCUUUUUUUCUACAAGCCAACUGUGUGCUCUUGGAGUUCAUGGUACUCCUUCACCCAAAUAUUUGUUCAAGAAAACGAAAACUCUUGGUGAAUCAAGGUCAAACUGUAAUAUCCUUGAAAUCAAAGAGAUCCAUGACACAGACUCACAGAAAUUCAUUUGAUGCCUGGAAUUGGCUUCUUAAUGACAACAUGCAAAGUAAACAAUGUGUACACUGCCAGGAAGGCCUCCAGCAACAUUGCUUAAAGGGCUUCAGAUCACCUUCAGAAUGAAAAAAAAAAAA